CUCACGCCUUCCUCCCAUCCCCCCCCACCUCAGCCCCGGACUCGGCCGCUCUUGGAGACGCCUCUUGGACUUAAUGUGAGCAAAUGGCAAAUGCUGAAGUCAGCAUCCCUGUCGGGGAUGUGGUGGUCGUGCCGACAGAAGGAAAUGAAGGAGGGAAUCCAGAAGAUACCAAAACCCAAGUGAUAUUGCAACUGCAACCGGUACAUCAAGGGAUUUAUCAAGGGGGCUCCGAGACCAGCACGGCUGUAGUGGCUGUUGAAACGCACACAAUCCACAAGCUUGAAGAAGGCAUUGAUCCCAGCACCAUUGAAACCAACGAGGAGAUUGAGAUUGCCUACUCCAUCACCUGUGGAGAGAGCAAAGCCAUCCUGCUGUGGAAGAAGUUUGUUUGCCCGGGCAUCAAUGUCAAGUGUGUCAAGUUCAACGACCAGCUUAUCAGUCCAAAGCACUUUGUUCACCUGGCUGGCAAAUCUACCCUGAAGGACUGGAAAAGAGCCAUUCGCCUGGGAGGAAUCAUGCUGAGAAAGAUGAUGGAUUCUGGGCAAAUUGACUUUUACCAGCAUGACAAAGUUUGCACCAAUACCUGCCGCAGCACCAAGUUUGACCUCCUGAUCAGCAGUGCCAGAGCACCAGUGCCAGGGCAGCAAAGCCUGGUACAGACCCCCACCUCUGCUGACGGAAGCAUUGCCCAGAUUGCUGUGUCUGAGGAAAGCAUGGAAGAAGGGAUUGAAUGGAACUCUGCUCUGACAGCUGCAGUCACCAUGGCAACUGAGGAAGGGCUCAAGAAGGACUCAGAGGAGAUUUCAGAAGACACCCUGAUGUUCUGGAAGGGAAUUGCUGAUGUGGGGCUGAUGGAAGAAGUGGUCUGCAACAUUCAGAAGGAGAUCGAAGAGGUGCUGAAAGGUGUUCAGCAGAGACUUGGCCAGUCACCCCUUCCAGUUACUGAUGCAGCCGUCCUGAAUAACAUUGCUAACACUUUUGGCCUGAUGGACACUGUCAAGAGAGUGCUGGACAACCGGAAGAGCCAGACCAGUCAAGGAGAAGAGCAAUUUCUUUAUACUCUUGCAGACCUGGAACGCCAGCUGGAGGAGCAGAAGAAGCUUGCCAGAGAUCAGAAGACAAAGUCACAGAUGGUUCAGAACGUGGUUCUGAUGCCUGUUAGCACCCCAAAACCUCCCAAGAGGCCCCGGCUGCAGCGCCCUGCCUCAGCCACAGUCCUGAGUUCCUCUGCCCCGAUCCAGCAGCCUCAAUUCACAGUUAUUUCGCCCAUAACCAUCACGCCCAUGGGGCAACCAUUCUCCGUCAGCAACAUUCCCAUGGCAACCAUCAGCCAGGGCUCCAGCCCUGUGACUGUCCACACCUUGCCUUCUGGCUCGCAACUCUUCCGGUAUGCCACCGUGGUCUCUUCCAAGACCAGUUCGUCCGACACUGUGACUCUUCACCCAUCCUCCAGCCUGGCCCUGCUGAGUUCAGCCGCCAUGCAAGACAGUGGGGCACUUGCUAAUGUGGCUACCAUGGUGAAUCCUGUCGAACUGGUGGCCAUGGAGUCUGGCCUGACCUCCACCAUUCAAGCUGUCGAGGGCACCUCAGAGGACGGACAGACCAUCAUAGAAAUAGACCCAGCGCCCGACCCGGAAGCUGAGUCAGAGGAAUCUGGGGCCAAAGCUGUGAUUCUGGGGGCGGAAAUAAGGACUGAGGAGAAAGUGGUGGCUGAGGUUGAUGAACACCAGCACCAGGUCCAUAAUGUAGAGAUUGUGGUCUUGGAGGACUAGUUGGGGAAGGCAAAUAUUGUCUUGGUUGAUUGUUCAUCUGUCUCUCAAUUCUUCUUCUCCCCCCCCCC